AUGGCUGCCAACGACGCGAGCCGACCGAAUGAGCCGGAACGGAGCAGCAAUGAUGAGAGGCAGCCACUGUUGGAGAGGAACGAAGCAGUCGAUGGCGGCGAGGGAGGCGACGCCCGAGAGAUCCUCACCUUUGAUGAAAACGACUCUGGAAAUCCACGACAAUGGAGUUAUACGAGAAAGAUGCUGAACGUGGCUGUCAUUGCCUUGAUGGCCAUCUUGUCCCCUUUGGCUUCGUCCAUGUUCACGCCGGGGAUUGACCAGAUCGCUGAAGGACUCAACACAACAAGAGAUUCUGUCAUCGGAUGUACGACUGGCUUCGUGAUCAUGCUCGGACUCGGGCCAUUGAUAGUGGCACCAUUGAGUGAGACAUUCGGUCGACGACCUAUGUAUCUAUCCUGCUUCACGAUCUUCACACUUCUACAGAUCCCAUCGGCUCUGAGCCCCAACAUUGAGACGCUCAUCGCCAUGAGGACGUUGUCGGGGUUCUUUGGGUCUGUAGGUGUUGCCAAUGGUGGAGGAAGCCUUUCAGACAUGUUUGAGCCUGGAAGCAGAGCCGGAAUCUUUGGAUGGUAUCUCCUGGGUCCUCUGAUGGGACCAACACUUGGGCCUCUGUUUGGAGGGCUCAUUGUCCAGAGGCUCAACUGGCGAUGGAUCUUCUGGAUCCUCACCUUCAUCUGCGCCUUCAACACAAUAGGAGCCUACUUCCUUCUCAAAGAAACCUUCGCGCCCGUAAUCCUCGCCAACCGCCGCCUCGACCUCGAAAAACAACACAACACGCCCCGAAAAUACCGCCUCGAAAACGAAGACGAGCGCCCCAUCUACAUCAAACUCCGCUACUCCCUCACCCGCCCCCUCCGCAUCCUCGUCCAACCCAUCGUCCUGACAAUGUCCACAUACCAAGCCAUCCUCUUCGCCACGACCUACAGCAUCUACACGAACAUGCAACCCAUCUACCAAGGCGAGUACGGCUUCAACACCGAACAAGUCGGCCUCCUCUACCUAGGCCCAGGUUUGGGAUUUCUCUUCUGCGUCUGGUUCCUCGUCCCCCGCAUCGAUCUCGUCUACAACAAACUCGCCGCCCGCAACAACGGCAAAGGCCGUCCUGAAUUCCGCCUCCCUCUCGCGAAUAUCGGCUCCGUCCUCAUCCCCAUCUCCCUCUUCUGGUUCGCUUGGACAGUCGAGUACCAUAAGGCGUGGUACGUGUCCAUCAUCGCCACAUUCUUCUACGGAAUCGGACAGGUCAUCAUCUUGAACUCGACGACGAAUUAUUAUAUCGAUUGUUUUGAGAAGUAUGCCGCUUCCGCGAUCGCUGCCGGGGCGGUGUUUAGGAGUGUUGUGGGUGGGAUUGUACCUCUCUUCGCGCCUACGCUGUUCGAUAAAUUGGGCUAUGGAUGGGGGAUCAGUUUAUUUGGCUUCCUGGCUCUUGCGAUUGCACCAGCACCUUUGACGUUCUACUUCCUCGGUGGCUGGGUACGCGAGAAGUUCUGGAUUGACUUAUGA